AUGGCUGAUGUUGGAAGCCUUCUGAAGUGUGCAGAUUGCGGGGUGCUUUUUUUCUCCCGACAAGCAUUCCUUCAGCACGAGUGUCACAAAGCCUUGAAUUCCAUCAAAACUGAAGGGCAUGUGACAGAGAAUGAUCAUAUCCGAACCAUGUUCCAGUGUGAAAAAUGUAAGGGAUGGUUCUGGGAUGAGGAAAUAUAUGCAAAGCAUGCAUGCCAGCAACUUCAUGAAUCAUCUCAGUCAAAUGAAGGUGAUGCCAGUGCUGCUGAAUCAAGCACAAGCUCAUCCUCCUGUGGACCCACCUCUACUGCCGGACAAGAAAAAGGUAAUUGGACGAAAGCUCAGACCAAACUUCUAAUAUCUUUAUAUAAGGAAAAUGAGGAGAAGGUGUCAAACGGUCUAAUGACCAAAAAAUGUCUCUGGCAGAAGAUAUCAAAUUCCUUUAGAGAAAAGACCUACAACUACACACCCGACCAGGUCAGUGGGCGAUGGAAGACCAUCACUCGUGCAUAUAAAAGCAUCAAAGACCACAAUAAAAAGAGUGGGAAUUCGAAAAAAAAUUAUGAAUAUGAAGAAGACCUUGAUGAUUUAAUGGGAGAUUGCCCCACAAUUAGUCCUGUUACUAUCAGUUCUCAAAAACGAAAGCAGCCUGAAGCUUCAAGCCAAGAUGAAGAUGACGAUGAAAUAGUAGAUCAAGAUCAAGACAGCUCUAGCUCUGAAGCUUCCAUCCCUAAAGAAGCAAGCAGGAAAAAAGUAAAGAAAUCAAAGUCGUCUGAAGUAAUGGACUUACUAAAAUUGCAUACUCAACAGCAGCAGGAGUUUCGAAAGGAAGAAGCUGCACGCAAGGAUAAAAUGCACAAAGAAAAAAUGGCCUUACUUUCUACACUGGUGCAAUCAUUGCAGCAAAAAAAAUGAUUUUGCCAAGAAAUGUCAGUUGCAUUGUUAAGACAGGUCUGUCAUUUUCAGAAAAAAUUACGUUCUAUGAACAUGAUGAAUGCACUUGAUCUAAUGUUUUGUUAUAAUAUGUAUGUAUCUGUUGGCAACAUUUAUUUUGUACCAUA